UAUAGGUGGAAGGUGGAGCCGGACGCCAUGCAAAUAUAGCGAGGUUGCAACAGCUAGCGCUGCAUCGUCGCAACACAUGGUCAUGGCGUCGCGUCGUAGCGUGGCGCUGGGGCUCCUCUUCGGCCUCCUGUCCUGCUACGCGCCCGUUGUCCCUUCCGUGGCUUCCUCCGAUGGCUUCCUCCAAUGCAUGUCGGCGGCCAUGCCCAAGCAGCUCCUGCACACGCAGGGCUCGCCUUCGUUCACGUCGGUCCUGGCGUCCUCCAUCCGGAACGCCAAGUUCUCCACGCCUGCCACGGUGAGGCCGCUCUGCAUCGUCACGCCGACGAACGCCUCCCACGUCCAGGCCGCCGUGGUGUGCGGCCGCCGGCACGACGUGCGCGUCCGCGUGCGCAGCGGUGGGCACGACUACGAGGGCCUCUCGUACCGGUCCGAGCGCCGCGAGGCGUUCGCCGUCGUCGACCUGGCCAACCUCCGCUCCGUGCGCGUCGACCGGGAGGCCGCCACCGCGUGGGUGGACUCCGGCGCGACGCUCGGGGAGCUGUUCUACGCCAUCUCGCAGGCGAGCAAGCAGCUGGCGUUCCCGGCCGGCCUGUGCCCGACGAUCGGCGUGGGCGGGCACCUCAGCGGCGGCGGGUUCGGCAUGCUGCUGCGCAAGUACGGCCUCGCCGCCGACAACGUCCUGGACGCCACGCUCGUCGACGCCAACGGGGAGCUCGUGGACAAGCAGGCCAUGGGGCCCGACGUGUUCUGGGCCAUCCGCGGGGGCGGCGGCGGCGGGAGCUUCGGCAUCGUGCUGUCGUGGAAGGUGAAGCUCGUGCCAGUCCCGCCGACGGUGACCAUGUUCACCGUCCUAAAGUCCGUCGACGAGGGCGCGGUGCGCAUGCUCACCAGAUGGCAGCAGGUCGCUCCGGCUCUCGCCGAGGACAUUUUCAUCACGGUGCGCCUCCAAAAACAGGUGGCUCGCUUCCAGUCCAUGUACCUGGGCACGUGCGACGCGCUGCUGCCGCUGAUGGGGAGCCGCUUCCCGGAGCUCGGCGUGAACCGGACGCACUGCAAGGAGAUGACAUGGGUCCAGUCCGUGCCCUUCAUCUACCUGGGCCCCACCGCCGCCGUGGAGGACAUCCUGAACCGGACCACCUCCAGCACCCCCUUCAGCAAGGCCACCUCCGACUACGUCCGGCAGGCCAUCGCCGAGGACGUGUGGGCGGAGAUCUUCGCCCGGAUCGCCAAGCCGGAGGCCGGGCUGAUGAUCAUGGACCCCUACGGCGCCAAGAUGAGCAGCCUCCCGGAGACGGCGACGCCGUUCCCGCACCGCGGCGGCGUGCUGUACAACAUCCAGUACAUGAACUUCUGGUCCGCCGACACGGACGGGUCGGCGCAGACGAGGUGGCUCAAAGACAUGUACGCGUUCAUGGAGCCGCACGUGAGCAAGAACCCCAGGGCGGCGUACGUGAACUACAGGGACCUCGACCUCGGCCAGAAUGUCGUCGUGGGCAACGUCACCAGUUACGAGGCCGGCAGGAUUUGGGGCGAGAAGUACUACGGGGGUAACUUCCGGAGGCUCGCCAUGGCCAAGGCCGUGGCGGAUCCUGACGACUACUUCAGGAACGAGCAGAGCAUCCCACCAUUCAAGGAGUGACGAGGACGAUGCCCGUCGUGCGAUCAAACUACGUUUGGGGACAAAUAGCUUGAUCUUGGAGUUGAGAUGGCAGGUGAAUAUUACAUUGUGUUGGUGUUCAAUGUAUAGUUCCAAAAUUUGUUUUCGAAAGUUGACAAAAGUUUGAAUUCUGUUCGAAUUGGGCUCCAAUUCACGUUGGAAACUUUCCCUGGUAUGUUGGGGUCAACCCUGUGUUGCAUACAUAUUGGCAGUGUUGCCCUUGUCAUGUCCAUGAUACUCCUCGAGUAUGUUGGAGUUAACCAAGUUCGCAUGCAA